GCAGGUGAGGGGGAAGCAUCCGUCAAGACGUUUUUGGAACGCGCAGUGCCAAGGAACAUGCUGACCGAGAAAGGCUUUAGUGUGCGCGAUCUCGCUGCUUUGACAACGGUCUGUUCCGCGAGGAGUUGCUUGCAGGAUUUGCUGUGCGCCGCAGCUUUGUUUGAUCUUUUGGAGAUCUUGCUGCUUCAACCGCCGAAGUUGUCUGAAGACGGGGCGGAUGACGUUUCUGACCUCACGCAGCAGGUCCGACGGCAGAUCGCAGAGGUAUGUCUAUGGCAUAAGUAAUUUGUUUUUGAUCGCAUCUUCAUCUCGGCAUUCCGAUCACAUCGUAUUAACGUAAUGAACACAGCAGGUUCUUUGCCAGAUUACUUGCUUGUCUCCCAUCGUAGUACAGGUGACAUAGACAUCGGUUGUUGCUGUGUAGAAAAUGUUGCUAUUUUGUCGGUUCGUUCUUUUUGCUUCAAGAAUCGUGCACGCUUUGGCUUUCCUCGUCCUAUUCCUUCUCGUCCAUUGAUUUGUGUCUGUCGUCUUACCAAGUUGAAACAAUUGCCAUUUCGUACUAGUCGUCCACGUGUUAAAAAAAUAAUCGCACCACGAGCCGCUGCAAUUCCAAUUCGUUUCCUGUUGCAAGAAAACCGAAACAGUGACUUCCCACAUUAGUCUACCCACGAUCCCUACCUAUUUCAAGGCUUUAGAAAAUCACCGCAAAACAAGAGAUUAACCACAUAUUCCAUUCUUCCUUCCUCUUACUCUAGGUUCGAACCGCCGCCGCCCAGAAACUCACCACCCACGGGGAGAAGAAGCUCUUCGACAGGUUUUUCGUUUUUUGGAGCGCGGCCAAGCAGGUGCAGUGGGAGGAAAAGUUGAAGCAAAAAGAAAGACAAAAGAACAAAAACCAAAGUAACAAGAAAGGUACAACUACCAGAAUGCGGCGCAGCAGCCCGGGCCUGCUCACGUCCAACCCCGCGGCGCGCUCCGCUGGGGAAGGCGAGUCGCAGAAGCAGAACAACAAGGGCAAAAAAUCUCUCGAAGACGAGUACCUCGACCAGGUUCUCCGGGACAAGGUCUAUGGCGACCAAUCGAAGAAAAAGCAGAACAUGCGGAAGAAGCACCAGGAGCUAGCUGCACACCUCGAGGAGCACAAAGACGUGGAGAUUACGCUCGUGCGGCACGACGAGGAGACGCCCAGGGCGGAGGCAACGCCAGUCCCACCGCCAGCUCCAGUUGUGGCACAACCGCAGGCCGCAAGCAGUUCCUCCGCCGCGAAAGACGAUGAUGUUAACGAAGACCUCGCGGCACAGAUAAGGAUGAAGAACCCCGUAGAGCUGCCCGGAACGAGGGCCUGGGAGGAUGUCGUCGCGCACUCCCAGAAGAAGAUUGAAACUCUGUUCCACAUCCUCGCCGGCACGAUCGAACCGCACGCGGGCCGGUUAUCCGCGUUGAAAGAGAUGAUGGCGCACGGCAACCGCGAGUUCUCGGGCGAGGACGCCUAUCAAAGGGAUCUGCUGCUGUUGGAGAUCAGGGAGCUGGAAAAGGAGAUCUUUUUGGAGGUGUCUCAAGACCUCCUGACCGCUCAGGGUGGAGCGCGCGGGGCGCAGAGCUUUGCGUCGAAGGUCAGUGGAAGUUUCCCGAACUUGAAGUUCCCGGAGGAAGAUCUCCACGAAACCGUCGAUCAGCACGAGCUCGGCAGGCAGGGCGUCCGAACGCUGCGGCGCCUGCAGGUUCUCUGGGCCGAUCUGGAACUGUAUGAAAUUUCGGGCGCCGAGGCGGAACGGGUGCACAUGAUAAGGGAACUGAGCCAGGUCGCUUUGAAGCCCGCGGGGACGAACGACAGUACGCAGGAGCAACAAUCCACCGCGAAGCUGCGGUUUCUGGUCGAGAACAUGGUCCGGGAACAGGUCCAGGAGCUGGAGACAGAAAUCUUGAUCGCCUGGGGCCAGGAAGUUUUGCUGCAAGCGGAAGAGCACCACGGAGUCGUCGGCGACCAGGAUAUCGAGCUUGCUUCGCCGGCCGAUGCCGCUGAUUCAUCCUCCGGUUUUAAAGAACAGCAGAAGCGGGUGUCAAGUAUGAAACUCCGCUCCGCUGGCGAUCACGCGGCACAGCGCGGGUUCCCGCUUUCCAGUUACUUCACACGGGCCUCGCUGAAGGAGGGAAGCCGAUUCUCCGCGUUGCACAAGAACUCUUUGUUGAGGGUAAACACGUGCACACUGCCCGACCAACAGGAAGCGGAUUUGUUCGCGGAUGUAGCGCCGUCGCAGAAUCAGGCCGCCAAGGCGGUCGCGGUGGAGUCGUUGGAAAAUUUGCAACUUGCUCUCGUGAAGUACGAAGGCCUCGGGAACUACCUCGAGCAGCAGCGCCGUCGGUCCGGAAGUCCGGGCGCGUCCUCCAGCAUGUCGGUGUCCCGCUUGUUUCAAAGCGCCAGAGAAAUCUCCAUCGGCGUUUCGGUGCCCAACCCCGCGGUCUGCGCGAUUCGCCGGGCGCUGGUCGAGCAGAAGAGGGAGUUAGAGACGGACGUGGUUCUGGAGAGCAUGGAGAGGAAACGAAGGAAUCUUCUCGCGAUCGAAGAUUCCCCCCAAGAACCGGCCGCGAACGCGGCGCACGAGUCCACACUUGCGCGCAUGGGGUCGCUCGCCGUACAGCGGAUCGAGGCCUUGGCGGUGGAAGUUGCCGAGACGAACUUCGGCGCGACGCAAACGGAGAACCGGGUCGCCAAGCAGGACUCCCUCGCAACCGCGCAGAGGUUUGUGGAACACAUCUACGAGCUUUGCGACAGCGAGAUUCCCGCGUCGAGCGUGAACCGCGACCCGAAGACGCAGGAGGUGACCAUCCGCAUGAACCGGGCCGCCAUGGCGCAGGUGCAACAUUUGGAAGCGGAUGCGCUGAUCGGAUUGAGUCAGAAAAUUCUGGAGAACCACCUGACCUGGAAAACAGGCAGGAAGACGUUGCCAAACACCUCCGGCACGAGCGCGGACAACUCCAUGGCGGUCGAAGCAAGUCGGCGGUUGCAAGCAGCGUCGGAUCGCGUGUUGGCGCGCGUCGCGAAGCUGCGGGAACUGCAGGACCAGGAGCAGGCCGGCGCGGGAUUUGUCACUGAUUUGUCGAAGUUGCGGCAAAUCGAGCUCCAGCUGUCCCACGUCGCGACGUCAAUGCCGGGACCACAAGCGGCGCAGCUGACGAGGGUACUUACUUAGUCACUUAAAGAUCAAUGCCUUUUUCACUAGAAUGUACUACGUUGUAAGGGGUUCUUUUCAGAAACCUGAGUGAAUGAUGCGUGUUUAUUUUGGUGUCCUCAAGUUUUAUUCGAAUGAGAAUUUCAGAUUUAUCGCAAACACAGGUUGGCCGCAUGGUGCACGAUUUGCUGCAGCAAGUCGCUGUGUCUGACAUGCAAGCGGUUGUCCUGCGUCGCCUUGCCGAAAGCGGACAAGCUCGGCAAUUGGCUGCGAUGGACCAGUUGGCCCGUGCGGAGCUCCUGGCUCUGCAGGACCGCACGAGCACAGCUGCAACUCCCACAGCAGCACCAGAUGCGAAGACCGACAAGACCCAAGUAAAAGUGCACCCGCUAAUCCAAGCGCAGGCAAUCCGCACGCAGGCACGGCUGCGGAAGCUCGCGGCGAACGUGCCGGGGGAUUCAGCAAGCUUCUCCGGCGCGCAGCUUGGCAUCGUUGGUCGCAUUUCGGAGCUCGGACAGAUGCCAGACUCGACUUCCGUCGGCGCAGUGAGCAUGUUGAUCGACGAAAUUCGGGAGCUGGAGGCUGAGCUGAUGAUGUCCCGGAAGAUGCAGAUGGUGGUCGGAUACAAGACGAAAAAAGCCACUCCGCCGCUCACCGCCGAGGCAGCCGCGGCCGCGCGCGCUUGCACACGCAUCGCGAAUCUGUUCAUGGAAUCGGAGACUUCGGAACGGCAACAGGAUCUGUUGGAGCUCAUGCGCGACUUGAGUACCACCAUUGCGGAAGCCGCAGAUGCGUCUCGGACGCUGGAUGGUAUAAAUAGAACACUUUUUAGUUUCGAUCCUACUUGUACCUUACUGCUUCAAACAAAAGCCUUGCAUACUGUCCCAACGUUUUUUCUCUUUCCUUUUCCAGACCUGAAUUCCACACCCCAAAACAGAUUUGAUGCUGAGCCUGUUGCGUGACGUGGAGACGGAGAUUGUUUCCGGCCGUUUAGCCUCUGAGUUCCCCGACAUUCGGACGACGUCACGGAAUCUGGCCGCUGAUGAUGAUGCGUCUGACUGGGCCUUCGCGGUGCGACGAGUGGGGCAGAAGGUCGAUACGCUGUCGCACAUUUUAGCGGAGUUUCUGGAUAUGACGUCCCACCCAGCUGUCGCCCGCGACGUACAACUAUUGCAAGAGAUGUCCAGUGUGGGGUUCGAACCCACGACGCUGGACUUGCCCAUCCUGCAGGACGUUUCUCUUCUGAAGAUGCGGGAGCUGGAGACCGGUGUUCUCCGUUUCGCGCGGGAUUACGUGCAGUUGCUGUUGCAGCAGAAGCGGGCCGGUAGUCAAAACGCGGCGGCGAUGAAAACCGCUUUGGCAAGUUGGGAAGCCGACACCGGCUUGUUUUCCGCGUCGCUCGGCGCGGGACCCGCGUCGCAGCGCUUGAGCGGGAUUUUUCCCAACGUGCAGAUCCCAGCGCUUCGCCCGGACGAUGCGUUUCUGAAGCAGGAGGGCAUCGCCGCACUGCAGCGCGUGAAGAAGCUCUGCACUGGCCUCCACAUGGAGACGGCGGCGCUCGCGCAAGCGGACCGCGCGCUGCUGCUGCAGUUUCUCUGCUUCGAGACGGAAGCCAGUGCCUCCAGUUCCAUGGCGCAGGACCCUUUAGCGUUGGUGAACUCCCGGCUGGAGAACCUGACGCGGGAACAGUUCCGGGAACUGGAAAGUGAGAUCAUUCUGGGCUACGGAAACGCGGUUUUGGCGACCAACGAGGAUGCGGAGAAUGUUGGAUUCCUCGGGGUUUCCAGUUUGCUGCCCUGGCUGAUGAAGAACUUUGGAACCGCGGGGGCGGUGGAUAGCGCGAACCAACCCCCUUUGCCGGAUAAACUCACCGUGUUGAACCAGCAAGACACGAACUUCGCCUUGGGCAAGAAGCCGCUCGGUGCCGCGCCGCAGAUGUUCAGUACGGACAGCCGAAUGACGACGCGCAGUUUUGUCGGUGCGGCAAGCCGUUCAUCCGUGCGCGCCUUGUCGUCAAGGGAAGACCAGGAAGUCUUCUUUCUCGAAAGCCAACUCUUCUCCGUGCAAGCACCGACUGGGAACCAAUACGCGAAAAUGCGGAAGAUUCGCGAGCUCAGUCUGUUAGAUCGGUCCUUGAGUGCGAACGCAGACAGGUUGAGCGGUAGAAUGUCCGACCGGUCAAUGCGCGGAACACUGCCGUUGGGCACUGGAGACGGAAGGGUAUAACGUGCUUUUGUUUUGUUUCGCGAUAGUAAUGUUCGUUUUCUCCGCUCAGUAAGUUGUAGUUUCUGUCUCGUCGAGGUCUAUGGUGACAGACAUUAGACAUACUUCGCAUUCGACUUUCAUUAGUAUUUCAAACUCCUCACAAUUGCACAGACGAGCGCCACGGUCGCCGCCCCGAUGACGAUGCUGCGUCGCGCGAUCUGUGAUCAGAAGCGGGAGCUGGAAACCGAGGUUGUUCUCGAAUCCAUGGAAGUCGCCGAGCAUGAGCUGCAGAUUGUGAAAAGUAACAACAAGGGCACGGCGCUCGCUAGCCUGGCGGGCACUGCGGUGGACCGCAUUGAAAAGUGCGCCAUGGAGGUCGGCCAGGUGUACGAGUAUGCGGGUGUGGAGGCGGAGGAGGCCGAGCGGCUCUCCGAGCAGAGGCGAACGUUUUUCCACACCGCCUUCCACUUUGUGGAGCACAUCCACGAUCUGGCCGAGGCGGAAAUCGUGCCGACCGCGCAGCUCGGCGUCGGGAGAGCAAACGAGAUGGUUCUCAAAUUGAACGCCGCGGCUGCCCGGCAGUUGCAGCAUUUGGAAGCGCAAAGCGUCGUCAGCAUGGCCCACAACAUCAUGACGCACCAUUCGGAUCGCUUAAUGCGCGACGCGCGAGCGGGGGCGAGAGACAGUUACUUGGGCGGUGGCGCGAGGGGCAAGACAAACGCAGCUUCUGCAAGUGGGGUUGCUUCUGCGAAAGAUUUUUCUAGUAAUGCAACUACUUCUAGCGCGGUGGCGCUGCGCACCAAAACCAACCUGCGCGAGCAGCAGAGGGCAGCGUCCGAGCGCGCGCUGCAACGCGUGCAGCGGGUACGGGACGAGUUGAAGGUUCCGGAAGAUAUCAUUGGUUUGCUCCCGGACUUGCAAGAUUUGUGCCAGAUUCACACCGAGCUCGCCCGCGAGGCGGAAUUGUUGCAGCGCAACGGGUUUCUGCCGCAGUGCGAGCACGUGGACCGCGUCGCCCGCAUGGUGCACGACGUUUUGCAAGACGUCGCGGCGUCCGAUCUGUUGCAGCUCCUGGCCCGGGCGACGCGCGGGGAGCCGCUGAUGCUGAUGGAUCAGCCCGCGGACGUGCAACUGUCCAAGCCGGCGGCGCCCGCCGCUCCCGCGGCUGCUGCGGUGUCGAGCAGCGGCCCGCAAAGUCCGGCGCUGCCGCGCGAAAUUUUGCAGAAUCAGCUGCACAACACGGAGAAGCGUUUGGAUCAGUCGUUCGGAAGUUUGGAGAAAAACGCCGCUUCGACGCAGCAGAAGGCGCUCCGCGCCAAGAUUCGCGAGCUUUGCCAGUCCUACUUUGACGCAACCAAAGCGGAAGCUAUGGUGUCUGCUGGUACAACAGCUGGGCAGCCAGCAGUAUCACAAGCAAAUAUUCCGACGAAAGCGGUCCCGGAUGAGGUGCAGAGAAAACUGGGGCUCUUCGUCGCGGAUAGCAUCCGAGAGUUGGAAUCGCAAAUCUACCUGAGCAGCGCGUACCGAUUGUCCGUCGCUUUGCCACAAGCGCCAGCAGGAGUGAUGCAGCUGACGAAUACAACCAACGCGAAUGAACAAUCUCGGCAGUCGAAAGCCCAGGCUGAGGAUUCAUCGCCCGCCCUCCAGUCGGCGAAGAUGGCCCUAAAGCGGCUAGAAACCAUGUUCCGCGACGGACCGCCAAACGCCAGACAACAGGACUUGUUUGCGCAGUGCCUCGAGCUGUACGAUGGCGCGCUGGUUGUCGCGCACCAGCAGACGUUCGUCUCCGAGCAAGAUCAGCAGGAGAUCCAGGCGCUCGUGGCCGCGAUGGCCUCGCAGAUAAAAGAGCUGCAGAAAGAAAUCGUGCUGGAGAACGUGCAAAGAGCGCAUGAGCGCAGCGCCGGGGGGAGCACCUCCUCGCCCGCCUUGGCCAGCGAAGUGCGGCAAGGCUGGGAAAACGUGAACGCAGCAAAGCGGAGGUCCACGGCGAGCUACAUUGAGCAAGAUCUGAACAAUCGUAAUUCAUCCGGGAACGACGAUGAUUUGCCGUUGUGGAUGCGAGAAUUAGCCGGGAAGAAGCGUGGUUCGGAUACAACUAGCGCGUCGAGAAGUGAGCAGCAAGCGGCUUUGCUGGAACAGCAGCAGCAGCAGGAGCAAGUCCUCGCACAGCAAAACUUGCAAUCGAAGUUACCGUUGGAACUUCCGAUGCCGCAGCGCUCAGAAGCGGGAGCGUCGAAAGAAAUCUUACUUCCGGAAGGCGAGGCGCAGGCAGCCCAAUCGCAGAAGUUCGGCACGGUUGCUGGGUUUCAGUGGGCGGCGCCGGAACUCGGCAAGGAUCAUCCGGCGGCAGAUCAGCAGCCGCUUUCGCCCGAAGCGAGGGUGUUUUCCCCGCCCGUGCGAUCAGGCGCAGCGGCAAAGGGGCCCCCGAAUCCGUUGUUUUACUCGGAGACGAGCGACGAAACAGAGCUCAUUCCGCGAUUUCGGUUCUCGCGCGACCCGGAUUUUUUGCGGUUAGACCUCCACGAAGAGCGGUGUGACGACGAGAAAGGACAAGAACGAGAGGCGGUGAUACUACAACAGCCUCCUUCGCAAGAACUUCCGAUAGCUGCAGUCGAGAAAACUGCUGUGUUGAACCGCGACAGCCCGAAUUUUAUGCGCAGUCUCCACCACAAGCUGGAACAACAGAUAUCUCGGACGACGCCCUUGCUGCACUUCAACUUCAACACUGCGCAAGCUUCAACUUCUUCCCCGCUAGCGAAAAGCCUGGAGCAGUUUCAGGCGUCGCUUCUCGGAAGACCAGAGGAGCAAAGUCCACAUCAAGAGACUAGCGAUAGAAAUGACGGGGAACAACAGUUCGCAGCGGCCACGCCGGUUGGUAUCGCAGACAAGAAACCUCCUUCAUCGCCACAGAUAUUGGAGGACAACGGACCCCGGCCCUUUCGCUUCGGCAUCACGGCACCAUCUCCGUUACUGCGGACCACUCCGGUUGUCAGAAGUAGCAACGCAGCCAAGCCCCUAGACCGUGCGGCAUUGGAGGAGGAGCUGCGCUGCAAGACGUCGAAAAAUCUGGAGCUCUUUCAAAGAGUUUUCGAGUUGGAGACACAAUUGAAAGAACAGAAGCAAGUGGUCACGCCGGCGGUCGCCGACGAUGAGCAAGAAAUCGAAGCGGCGAGUCUGGAAAAGAGCGUAGCAUUUUUCCCGGCAAGAAUACCGGAAGUAUCUCUGUCCGCCGAGAAUUCUGCGUCGGAAACUGCGGGGCAGAGUCUGCAUGUCGCGAAUUAUCCGCGGAAUAAACCGCUGUUAUUCUACAAUGACGACAGUAGAGGCAGUGCCAGCACGGGGGCAAAAAAAGUUUCCUCUCCCAAUCGACGACCACCCUCCCAGCCUGCGACUUUGUCGCGAAAUCAGCGGGCGACGAGUUCUUCCUCUCAGCGCUCGGCAGCUGCAUCGAGCACGAAGAAAAGCAGCGCAACUGCAGGGUUCGGAUCCAGGAGCGCGUACCCCUUCGUACCGACAGGCCUGUUGGCUGACCUGCAGCACACAAGUAAAUCGCGACGAGGAGCCCGGCAGGAAGACUUGUCUCCGCGAACGGGAUCAAGAAUGAGCAAAAGGAGUAACUCGCCAAAAACGACACACAGGAAGUCGCCGUCGCCGAAAAAGCUAAACCCGCCCGCGAAUCUGUACGCCGCACGAAAUCGACCGACGACGAGCAACUCAAACAGCACUUUCCAGGGCGUAAAAGCAUCCGUGUUGUCUUUAGCGUCCCCGGACGACAGUAUGGCCUCGUCGGCGGUUGCACCUGUCACCAGGACGCCACGCGGCCACGACGGGGAGGACGGCACAUUGUUGCACUCUCUUGGAAAGCAAUGGUCAUACUUGCUUGCCCGCUACGGGAAGGAGUGAGGCUGUUCUUACUGAUGUGUUUUUUUGAAGAACUGCAAGAAAGCUAGAAAUUAGCAUAGCAAUUAGUUCCUAAUAAACGUAUUUUUUACUCUCAAUGAAUUGCAUAAAAACGUUAACUAGGAGUCACAGAUGGAAUCUUUUGAGUAGAUUAUGUGUUUUUUUCUGGACGUAAACGGAGCAAAAUGAGGAGGAAUCAAUAGGAAGUUAUAGAUAAU